AUGCCGCCUCUCCUGGUCACCCUCUUCCUCCUCUGCUCCUGUUUCCCCAAAGCAAAUGGCCACCUCCGUGAAGCCCUCACGGUGCUCAAGGUUGAGUUUGCACUUCACCUCUACAGGAACGUGGCAGCAGGUAGAAAUGGGACGAACUUCGUCAUCUCGCCCGCGGGCGUGGCCUUGCCCCUGGAGGUCCUGCAGUUUGGAGCCCAAGGGAACACGGCCCAGCAGCUGGCAGAGGCACUGGGGUACACCAUCCACGACCCAAGGGUGAGAGAUUUACUGCACGCCAUUUAUGCCACGCUGUCCAACUCCGGCCAAGGCACCGAGAUGGAACUGGCCUGCACCCUUUUUGUGCAAGCAGGAACGCCAUUGUCCCCCUGCUUUGUGGAGCAGGUUUCCUGGUGGGCCAACAGCAGCCUGGAGCCAGGUGAUCUCAGAGAGCCCAAUGGCGCCACCAUUCAAGUCGACGACGCAGCCUCCAAGCAGACCUCAGGUAAAAGAACACCAAGUGAGGGCCCAGGCGGCUCUCCAUGGGGGCCCGUUGGCGCCACGUCUGCUCAGCUUGCCAUUGUGAGCAUCAUGUCGUUCCAAAGCACCUGGCGGAAGGCAUUCUCCUCCAGGGACUCGCAGCUCCUGCCUUUCACCUGCGCCCCCGGCCUCGUCCUCCAGGUCCCCAUGAUGCACCAAAUGGCUGAAGUCAACUACGGCCAGUUCCAGGACGCAGCCGGCCAUCAGGUGGGAGUGCUGGAGCUGCCUUACCUGGGAAGUGCGGCCAGCCUGUUCCUCGUGCUGCCCCGUAACAAGGACACCCCCCUGCGUCACAUUGAACCUCAGCUCACAGCCAGCGUCAUCCACCUCUGGACCAGCAGGCUGAGGAGAGCCAGAAUGGACGUGUUCCUCCCCAGAUUUAGGAUUCAAAAUCAAUUCGACUUGAAAGGCAUUUUAAAUUCUUGGGGAGUCACUGAUGUUUUUGAUCCACUCAAAGCUAACUUGAAAGGAAUUUCAGGCCAAGAUGGCUUUUAUGUUUCUGAAGUGAUCCACAAGGCCAAGAUUGAGGUUUUAGAGGAAGGUACCAAGGCAUCUGCAGCCACAGCUCUGCUGUUACUGAAAAGGUCUCGGAUUCCUAUUUUUAAAGCAGAUCGGCCAUUCAUCUUUUUCCUGAGAGAACCCAAAACAGGGUUUAUCUUCAGUAUUGGGAGAGUCUCAAGUCCCCUUGACUGA